AUGCAAGAACUUAUGCAGGAAGCAGUCAAACGGAAAGCGGCUUUAGCUCUUGUACAGGAGCCAUAUGUUGGUGCAGGAACACAAAUCAAAGGCUAUGCCGGAGCAAGGGUAUUUCAGGUCUUAGAUAGCGCUGUACGGACCAAGGCGGCCAUAAUAGUCUUCGAUCAAUCCCUGAAGGCUGAGUUAGUGGGCACACCUACCCCAAAUAUUGUUACAAUCAAAGUGGGUAACUGGCCACGAGAAGUUCAUCUAACCUCCUUCUACUUCGAACCGAAACCCCACGCCAUACAACCCUACCUAGAAGAACUUAGCCGAAAAAUAAGAAAGAAAAGAAGUAUCAUAGCAGGCGAUGGGAACGCCAAAAACAUAUGGUGGGGAUCUGGGAAAAAUGAUGAAAGAGGAGAUGCGCUGGAGGCGGUUUUAUCAGAAAAUCAUAUGGAUUUAUUAAAUGUGGGUGAUACACCAACUUUUGAGACGAUAAGAGGCCAAAAGCUUUACACCGGAGUACCGGAUAUAACUGCCUGCACAGUUGACCUAACAUCCAAAAUCAACAACUGGAGAGUGGACAGGAGCAUCACCAGUUCCGACCACAACGCCAUCACUUUUGAAGUCAAAUUAGAGAAAACAAAUGAACCACAUACAAAAAAGACCACGAGAGUAUAUAAAACCAAAGGAGCAGAUUGGACACUAUUCCGAGCUAAAAUUAGUCAGUCGCUCCUGAUGGAGAAAAUUAAUGACUCGGAAAUUAACAAAAUUACAAAUUGCAAUAUUUUAGAAGACAAAAUUAAACAGUUCACUGCAGUGGUCACUGAGGAAUGCGAUAGGAUGAUUCCAAAAGUGAAAAGGAUAGCAAACUACAAAGUGCCGUGGUGGAACAAAGAAUUAGAAACGCUCAAAAGAGAAAUGACCACCAAGAAAAGACGGAUCAGAUGUGCAAGAGCGGAGAGGAGACAGAUGGUAGUCGAAGAAUACCUGGAAGCAAAAACGAGAUAUGAAGAAGAAGUAGAAAAGGCUAGAGUACAAAGUUGGAAAGAAUAUUGCACGAGGCAAACUAGGGAAGGUAUGUGGGAGGGCAUUUAUAGAGUCCUCAAUAAAUCACAAAAGAGGAAAGAAGAUGUCCCUCUUACAAAAGAUGGCGAGCAGUUAACCAUGGUUGAUUCGGCACAGUACCUGGCUGACACCUUCUACCCCUCAGACGACAUGGCAGCGGAAUCUGUUGAUCACAAACAGACUCGUGAAAACGCAGAUGAGGUAAAUAUGUGGAGUCAAAACGAUACUUUGGAUCCACCAUUUACCAUGGGCGAACUCGUUGAAGUGAUCAACAGUUUCAAUCCCAAAAAGGCCCCCGGAGGAGAUGGCUUGACUUCGGAUAUCUGUGCGGAAGUAAUAAUGGCGCGGCCGGAAACCUACUUAUCCAUUGUAAAUAAAAGCCUAACGCUUGGAUAUUUCCCCAUUAUGUGGAAGGAGGCUAUAGUGGUAGUGCUGAGAAAACCAGCAAGGGACGACUAUAGCACAGCCAAAUCAUACAGGCCUAUUGGACUCUUACCAGUAAUGGGGAAAAUUUAUGAAAAACCGACUCAAGUGGCACCUAGUACCCAAACUCAGCCUGUAUCAAUUUGGAUUUAUGCCACAAAGGAGUACAGAGGACGCACUUUAUGCACUGAGGGUGCGUUCGAUAAUGCGUGGUGGCCACGUAUAAGGCAAAGACUGGCGGAAGAAAAUUGUCCUGUGAACCUGAGGAGAGUCAUCGACAGUUACCUGACAGAUCGACGAGUGAGACUGCGAUAUGGGGAAGUCGAAAUUAUAAAAUGCCCAGAAAAAGGGUGCGUACAAGGCUCUAUAGGUGGACCCAUCCUUUGGAACCUGCUACUGGACCCACUCUUAAACACCUUACGAGAGGCGGGCACCAGGGUGCAGGCGUUCGCAGACGACAUAGUCUUAAUGUUUGAUGCGUACGAGGCCAUCGACAUAGAGCGAAACGCGAACGAGGCCCUCGAAAUAGUAAGGAAAUGGGGAGAACUGAAUAAAUUAAAAUUUGCACCAAAAAAGACAAACGCCAUACUCCUCACCAGGAAACAAAAUUACGACACCCCAAAACUCAAAAUGGCAGGCGAAAAUAUAAAAAUGAGUAAAGAAGUGAAGAUUUUGGGGCUGAUCAUCGACGAUAAACUCACCUUCAACUCACACGUAGCACAAAUUACUAAAAAGACCAUAGAUCUCUUCAAAAGGGUAGACAGAGCAGCCAAGACCACAUGGGGCAUUCACCCGGAAAUUACGCGGACAGUGUACACAGCUGUAGUGGAACCGAUCACUCUGUAUGCGGCAGCCGCAUGGGCCCCGGCUGGUAAAAAGCUAAGUGUACAAGCCCAGCUAAAAACGAUCCAACGCAAGUUUGCCCAAAAGAUUAUAGGAUCAUACAGGACGGUGUCAUACGAGGCAGCCACAGUACUGGCUGGACUGCUCCCACUCGAUCUUAGACUCAAAGAAGCUGCAGCGCUUUAUGAAACCAGAAAACAUGGCACGCUCCCGGAGCUUAAAGACAUAGAAGUCGAAAAGAAGGUUCCAUAUACCGAAGGCCCACACCCAGCCAAAGCUCUGAGAACAGGCUACACACCGCUUCAUACGGAGGAAGAGAUAGCAGCUAUUGAAACUGAGACCAAGAUUUUCACAGACGGCAGUAAAAUAGAAGGAAAGACCGGCGCGGCGGUAGUAUUGAUAGACGACGGUGAGAAUAAAACUAAAAAGUACAAACUUGCAAACCACUGCUCGGUGUAUCAGGCGGAGCUGCUCGCAAUAAACUCGGCACUGGAGGUACUCAGAAAAUCGGGAAAAAGGCAAGCCGCCAUUCUAAGCGACUCAAGGUCGGCUCUAGAGGCGAUAAUCAGCACGAGAACCAAAAACCGACUCGCCCACGAAGCAAGGAAGAAGAUUGAGAGCUGUAGAGAGGCAGGUCAAGAAGUCCAACUAUACUGGGUUAAAGCACAUGCAGGACUCCAGGGAAAUGAAGCUGCAGACACGGCUGCAAAAGAAGCAGCCCUUAACCUUAAAUGCAAACCACACUACAACACCUGCCCCAUAUCGUAUGUAAAACGUCUACUCAGAGAAAAGUCCAAGGCGGAGUGGCAAACACGAUAUCAGAACUCCGAAAAUGCAUCUGUCACAAAGAUCUUCUUCUCAUCACCGGAGCAAGCGUACAGGGCUUUCAAGAAUGGCAGACUUACUAAUAAGCUAACGCAGAUGCUCACGGGGCAUGGUGGGUUCUCCGAAUACCUGCAUAGGUUUAAGUGUAAAGGGGACCCGACGUGCCCUUGCGACCAACAAAGCACCCAAGACGUAAGACACUGUCUUCUUGAGUGUCCGCGCCACGCACUAGCAAGGCUGGACCUCGAACAAGUUAUCGGAACGGGUAAAAUAACGAUGGAGGACUUGUCGCAAGUAAUGAACAAUGCAGAACUUAGACGCCACUUUGAAAAUUAUGCGACAAAAAUAGUCACAACAUUACUUAAAGAAAAUAAGAGUAAAUUAAGCUAA